UGAGAGGACACCCAGGAAGAUGGCUUCUCUCACUCUGUAUCUGCUGCAGGUGCUGCUGCUGCUCGUGGUUUCUGCUGCCGCCUGGAACCUGGACUCAAACUACUUAAGCUUCUAUGGUGGAUCAAUGAGCUUCACGCCUAAAGGACAGAAUUCAGAUGGGACGUAUAAGCUGGAACUCCGCAACAAACAGUCAACAUACAUGUGUAACCCCUACUCUGACUACUUCUGUGGUAUUGGUGGCUGUGGAUCUAUCACCAAUAGCAGUGUCCAACAUAACAAUAUGAGUUCCCAUGGUAUUAACUGGUGCACAGCCGACAUAAAGAAAGAACUAAAACUCCACAGCAACACCCCCUUCGAGAUCAGAUUCCCAGGUCGGGUCAUUCCUUCACUUGGUCUGGGCCACUGGGCGACGGACACGAUGAACACAUGGAAAAUGAUGGGCCAUGUGGAUCUGGGAUCCCGGUCUGAUACUGGAGAAUCAAACAGAAUGCCUGUCACUACCAUGCUGCCUCUUCUCAGAGUAUCCAAGAGCUGCCCACGAUCCUUCAAAAUCCCAACGUUUGACCAUGAUGGUGACAACGUCAGAUGCAGGGUACCAACAAUGUCAAAUGGAUAUGAGUGUGGGAUAUGUCGCCUGCCUCAAGGUUUCUCUUUCGAUAUGAAUUCCUGCACCCUGCAGUAUACAUACAGUUCUCAAACUGGAAACCAACCCAUUGAGCUUGUUGUGGAGGACUUUCCCAACAGCCCCAUUCAGCUGCACUACUCUGAUGGAACCUACACAGAUAAGCUCCCCUUUACAAUGAGGAGGGAUAAACGCCAGUACUAUGACCACUACUACGGAACAACAACAGCAGCUCCAACAACAGCUCAACCAACAACAGUUGCACCAACAACAGCUGCUCCAACAACAGUUGCACCAACAACAGUUGCACCAACAACAGCUGCACCAACAACAGCUGCUCCAACAACAGCUGCACCAACAACAGCUGCACCAACAACAGUUGCACCAACAACAGUUGCACCAACAACAGUUGCACCAACAACAGCUGCUCCAACAACAGUUGCACCAACAACAGUUGCCUCCAACAACAGUUGCUCCAACAACAGCUGCUCCAACAACAGUUGCUCCAACAACAGUUGCUCCAACAACAGCUCAACCAACAACAGCUCAACCAACAACAGCUCAACCAACAACAGUUGCACCAACAACAGUUGCACCAACAACAGUUGCACCAACAACAGUUGCACCAACAACAGUUGCACCAACAACAGCUGCUCCAACAACAGCUCCAACAACAGCUCAACCAACAACAGCUCAACCAACAACAGUUGCACCAACAACAGUUGCACCAACAACAGCUGCUCCAACAACAGUUGCUCCAACAGCAGCUCAACCAACAACAGUUGCACCAACAACAGUUGCUCCAACAACAGUUGCACCACAACAGUUGCACACCAACAACAGUUGCACCAACAACAGUUGCACCAACAACAGUUGCUCCAACAACAGUUGCUCCAACAACAGUUGCACCAACAACAGUUGCUCCAACAACAGUUGCUCCAACAACAGUUGCACCAACAACAGUUGCACCAACAACAGUUGCACCAACAACAGCUGCUCCAACAACAGUUGCUCCAACAGCAGCUCAACCAACAACAGUUGCACCAACAACAGCUGCUCCAACAACAGUUGCACCAACAACAGCUGCCCAACAACACCUUGCACCAACAACAGCUUUGCAUCCAACAACAGCUUGCUCCAACAACAGUUGCACCAACAACAGCUUUGCAUCCAACAACAGCUGCACCAACAACAGCUGCUCCAACAACAGUUGCACCAACAACAGCUGCUCCAACAACAGCUGCUCCAACAACAGCUGCUCCAACAACAGCUGCACCAACAACAACAGCUGAUCCUUACAGAAGGACAAUUGCUGCUUUGAGCAAGCUUUCUCUGCUGUUUAGUGUUCAAGUGGACUCAUACUCUCCCCCUUCAUGCCUUGAUGGUGAUUACUUUCCCAUUUUCUUGGCGCCAACUCCGAGCAAUGGGGUGGAUCUUCCUGCGUUUGUUAACCAAACCCUCAACAUCAAAGUCAAAUCCAGAGCCCAAUAUUCCACGAUUCAUAACUUGAUUGUUACUGGACCAAUGGGCAUUUCGAAAGAGAAUAUCUCCGCAGAAGAAUAUAUCAUAAAAUGGACACCAACUGAAAAUGAACUGAACGAACAUUUUCCUAUUUGCUUUGUUUCUGAAGCAAUUGACGAAUGGGGCCGAGUCUUUCAAUCCGAGCUACGCUGUGUCAUUGUAGAUGUCGGACACUAUGAGACCAAAGUGACAUGCAGUGAAACAACAAUGACGGUGGAAGUGGAGAAGUCCUACCUUAUCAGACACCAUGAGGACAACUUGCAUCUGAAAGCCUUGGGCGAUUCUUCCUGCGACCUGUCAACGCGCUCCAACGCGACCCACCUGGUGGCGGUCAUGUCGCUAAAUGCAUGUGGAACCUUUGUAGAGGAGAAAGACGACAACAUCAUCUUCAAGAACGAGAUCACAUCUGCUAACCCGCUAGAUAUAAUUACCAGGCAGCACGACGUUGAGAUCGUCUUCUUCUGCUGCUAUCCAAAGCAAACCAACUUGACCCUGGGAUUCACGCACAAAAACCCGUACGCCUUCCAAGAUAAGGGAUUCGGUGCAUUCACAUUCCAGUUUGAAUUUUUUGAAACCCAGCGUUUCCAAAAACAAGUUGACUCCAACGUUUACCCAGUGGAGGUGUACCUCAAACAGAGGAUGUUCAUGCAGAUCGAAGCGACCACCUCCAUCCCCAACACUGAGCUGUUUGUGGAGACCUGCAAGGCGUCUCCAUAUGACAACACCAACUCUCAAAUCAGCUACACCAUCAUCGAAAACGGGUGCAUGAGGGACGACACGGUUACAAUCUACCCUAGCCCCAAGACUCACUUCAGAUUUGGAAUGGAGGCUUUUGAGUUCAUCGGUGCUCAUGAAUCGGUGUACAUCACUUGCACCGUCAUCCUGUGUCAGACUGGCGUUCCAGGGACCAGGUGCUCUCAGGGAUGUAUCCAAUCCAACUCAGGCAGAAGAAGAAGGGAAGCUGGGGCCGAGUCCUCCAGCCACUCCAUUUCCCAGGGACCUUUGCGCCUGGCUAACAUUUCAGACAGCAAAUUAUCUGGUCCGAGCAUGAGUCUUGGCAUGAACAUCCUCCUUGUUGCCGGCUGCUUCCUGGUAUGCGGAGCAGUAAUCUAUCGUUCAAGGAGGUCCAGAGCUAAAUACAUGCCCCUGCCAUCCUUUGAGUCAGACUAAACACAGAAAUGCCCUUUUGAACUUCCCUGAUUAUAAGAAAGAUGAUCAGAUACUGUGUAAUGUUUACUAUAGUCCAUGUGUUUAGGGUAUUGGUGGUUUGAAUCAUUGUCUCACUGUCUAACAGUGUGUCUUUGCUUUUACAUGGGUGAAAGACUCAUUCAUUAUUGAGGUUUGAUACAAUCAAUGUGGAAUAUAGUUUUUCGUGGGCAGUUUUUCACACCCCAGCGGACAGUCAGAACAUCUGUGAAAGAAAGGAGGCAUAGUUUUUUUUUAUGAAGGAGUCCACAAAUGAAUCUCUGUGGACAUGAAGUAUCUGCAGUUCAAUCAAAGUUAUACACUUUUCUUCAAUUACUUUAAAUCCAGGACAUGGGACACCGAUGUGACAUAUUAUCAAGGUUAAUAGGGGGACAAAGUAAAGCAACAAGAAGGUAACAAUGAUUAAAAAGCACACCUUUAUAUACCUUCCAAGUGCAUGAUAAUAAUGGUUAUAAGAAAAA